AUGGACAAGUUUGCUGCGGAUUGUGCCUUGUGGAUACGAUCUACAGUGCACACGAGUGCAUACCAGUGCGUACUGCAUGUCAAAACAUACGCGACGAUGAAAUGACAAUUUCGUGAAUAUCGUCGUAUUUAUUAGGUAAACACGUAACUUUCGCACGACAAUUUGAUUUACAGUAGUGGAAAACGCAACGGAGUCAUCGAAAUUACAGAUUUGGCGUAUUUCUCGCGGUCCCGUCACGAGGGCUUGCUACGAUGCUUAUAUACAUUAAUUGGAAGUGACAAAUUGCAUAUGUUUAAAUAUGAUUUUUAUAUAAAUAAUUAUACAAAUUCUUCUCGUAUUUGUGGGCGCUAUUUAUGUAAUAUUUAAAAAUGUCCCAAGGAGAGGGUGCUGCUGUUGCAGUGCCUAAUAAUCAAAACGGUGCGGUAGCACAUAAUCUUCACAGUCUUGCUGGUGUUAUAGGACCAGUUUUAAAUAAUAAUAACAUGAAUAUAGCUAGAAAUAACAAUAAUCAAAAUCCGUUGAUUAAUGUACGGGAUAGAUUAUUUCACGCAUUAUUUAUCAAGGCAGCUCUAGCCUAUGCACGAACAUUUCCAAGGCCUGUCAGAAGAUUUAUAGAAUUUAUAGUCCUUUUAAAGGCUAUAUUGGCAUUUUUUGUAUUGGCUUAUAUUCAUAUAGUAUUUUCACGUGCACCAACUAAUUGUUUAGAACAUAUAAGAGAUGAAUGGCCACGAGAUGGUAUACUGAGAGUGGAAAUUCUUAGAAAUGGUGGUGAAGAUUAUAGUAUAGAGAAAAGUUAUGCCAAAGAAGAAAAAUUGAGACAAGAAAAAGUUGAUGAUUUAACUAAUGCUUUAGGAAUAUUAACUGGAGAUGGUUUUAUAAAUAUUGAACCAUCUGCUGUUGAUGAAGAACGAGAUACUAUAAACGUCUCUGCCGAAGAGAAUCAUGAGAAUUUGACACUACAUGAGCAGGAUGUGAUAACAAGUGCUACAAUUUCUGGAGAAACGCAGAAUCCUGACCUAAGCACAACAAAUACAACAAUGAGCCCAUCAUUGUCAACAAAGCUUUGGAAUGGUUUAAAUAUAGCUAAAAAAAUAACAUCUAAAGAAAAGUCGUCUUUUGCAAAUGUGGAAGGUAACUCUUCAGAAGUGCCUGAUCAUUUAAAUGAAGAUAAUGUUAUACAGUUAAAGGAUCGUUCAUCAGAUGUUGAUAAAACGGCUAGAAUAGAAGAUGGAUAUAUUGUAGAAUAUUCAUUGGAAUAUGGUUUCUUACGAUUAUCACCAGCCGCUCGACAAAGACUAAACAUUCCAGUCAAAAUUGUCACUUUAGAUCCAUUAAACGACAAAUGUUUUGGUGAUGCAUUUUCACGGUUAAUAUUAGAUGAAUUUUUGGGAUAUGACGAUUUGUUGAUGGCAAGUAUCAAGACACUAGCAGAACAUGAAGACAACAAAGGAUUUUUACGGAACGUCGUGACGGGAGAACAUUAUCGAUUUGUGAGCAUGUGGAUGGCACGAACAUCAUACCUAGCCGCAUUUUUCGUUAUGCUCGUAUUUACGGUGUCAAUCUCGAUGUUAUUGCGCUACUCGCAUCAUCAGAUCUUUGUCUUUAUCGUUGAUCUUAUACAAAUGCUGGAGUUUAACUUAACCGUGUCAUUGCCAGCUGCUUCCCUAUUGACAGUAGUCUUGGCAUUAGUAGGAAUGGAGGCACUUAUGUCUGAAUUUUUCAACGACACAACCACUGCGUUUUACAUAAUCUUGAUAGUGUGGCUUGCCGAUCAAUAUGAUGCUAUCUGCUGUCACACGGCUCUUACAAAAAGGCAUUGGUUAAGAUUUUUCUACUUGUAUCACUUCUCUUUCUACGCAUAUCAUUAUCGAUUUAACGGACAGUACAGCAGUUUGGCGCUGGUCACAUCUUGGCUCUUUAUACAGCACUCAAUGUUAUAUUUCUUUCAUCACUAUGAGCUACCAGUGAUACUGCAACAGGCGCAGCUUCAGCAAUUGCUAUUUCGUAAUCAUAUUCAGCCUCAGGCACAGCCAGCGACGCCCAGCACGGCCCCGACUACCCCGGGGCCAGGAUCGCCGUCGUCGUCAUCGUCACCGUCAGCGGCACCUUCACCUUCGUCGAGUCCGAAUCCGUCGACACCUACGACGGAACAGACGCAGCAAAACUAUAUUACCGAGCUUUCUCAGCUCGAUUUAGAACCUAGCAAUGCAGAAGCACAACAUACGAAUGCGGAUACUACGCAACAAACAUCCGUGGCAACGGCGGCUGAUCGUCGAGAUAAUUCUGUUCGAGAAAUCCACGAAUCUUGAGGAUAUCAUAAGCAAGAAGAUAAUAUCGAGAGAAGGUUUGAUGUGUACGAGUAAAUCACAUUCCAAAUACUCGCAUUUAUCUGCCAUUCAAUAAAACUAUUCAUACUGUGGCAAGACUGUUGGAUUGCAAUUUGCAACGAUCGCAUUAAUGCAAAAAACGAAUGAGCCUGUUUUUCAUAUUUAUUGCUGGUGUUACCUAAUUAUUAUAUUUGUAUAUAAUUAUGCGUAUAAAUUUGUGUAUAAUUUUUGUGCAAAAUAUUAUUUGUAGUUUGUGACAAUCAUACACAGUCACGAAAUACUAAUUGUCCAAACAGUACGUCAUUAUAUCAAUGAUUUCUUCAGAUUAUUCUUUAAACUGGAGUAAUAACAUCAGUUUCACAAUUACUUGUACGAAUAAAAAUAUAAACUAUUAAUACCGUAACGCGUGCGUGGAAUUGCAACCCGGAAAACAAUUUGAAGAAAUCAUCGAUGCAAUGGCGUACUGUCCGGAUGAUUUGUUCCAUGACUAUAUGUAUAUCUCAGAGAAAACAUUAAAUGUAUUAAUAAAUUUUCAAAAAUCUACAGGGGCUGGGGGACGACUCUGAAUUUAAAGCGCUUGCUUCGCCUUACUUCAACUUGACAGGUUUUCUCCCUGCUCCAUUA